AUGCAACGUUUACGAAAUAUGAUCGAAGAUUCAGACAGUGAUGAAGAAUACAUUCCAAGGCGUCCACGAUGGAUUAGAGAAAGGAACAAUUACUUCGAUAACUAUGACGACCGUGACUUUGCAAUAAGGUUUCGAUUGUCCAAAGAAGCUACUUUGUGUCUUUUAUCCAAAAUCGAGCAUCACCUGGAAUAUUCAUCAAACCGAAAUUUCUCAAUAUCUCCAGUAAAUCAGUUGUUGGCCACUUUGAGAUAUUAUGCAACAAACUGGACACAAACAAGCAUUGGAGAUUACUGUGGUUUAAGUACGCCGACAGCAAAUAAAAUUGUACACAGAGUUAGUGCUGCAAUUGCUGCAUUGCAUACAGAGUACAUAAAAUUUCCUGAAUCAACUCAAGAAAUAAGACACGAACAAGAUAAAUUUUACCAAAUUGCUCGUUUUCCAAGAGUAGUUGGAGCAAUGGACUGUACACACAUUCGCCUCACAUUCGUACCCUUAAGACUCGAAGUAGGUGGAGAACAAGCAGAGACAUUUAGAAACCGAAAAGGAUACUACUCUAUUAAUGUGCAAACUAUAUGCAAUGCCAAUUUAGAAAUAACCGACAUAGUCGCAAGAUGGCCAGGUUCAACUCAUGACAGCACUAUAUUUAAUAACAGCGUGCGGAAAGCACAUUUUGAGACUGGUCACUAUGGCAAUGCGUUAUUAUUGGUAGACAGAGGAUAUGCUGCAAAGAAUUAUACCAUGACUCCGUUAGAAAAUCCAAGGACACCAGCUGAGCAACUGUACAAUGAAUCACAAAUUCGUACCAGGAAUGCUAUAGAAAGGACCUAUGGAGUAUGGAAAAGACGAUUCCCAGUAUUGGCACUUGGCAUGCGAGUAAAAUUAGAAAAAGCACUAACUAUUAUCAUAGCCACAGCUGUCCUUCACAAUAUGUUACGCAGGCAAGGGGAACAACUUCCACCUGAUGACCCAGAAGUGCUAUUACCAGCUCCAUGGGAUGAACUGUUACAACUUGGCCAAAUGCAGAGCUUGGAAUCAGCACAGCAUUCUACUGGCCAGUUAGCACGCAAUUCGUUAAUAAGUAAUUAUUUUUAUAGUUUAUUGUAG